AUGAACCAGGUAGACCGAAAGAGAAAAUUGCUGCUGACAAAUGCUCUUAUUGUGCAUUUUAUUGAUGAAGAUGAUGAUAACUUCCAAAAUAAGAGGAAAUGGGCAAAACAGUGGCUAUUACAACGCCGAAAAUAUUCUCAUAUGAAUUUACUACGUGAGUUGCAAUCAAAUGAACCCGCGGACUAUAAAAAUUACUUACGGAUGGAAAACCAUACAUUUUAUGAGCUUCUAAACCUAGUCAGACCGUAUAUUGAAAAGGAAAAUACUACUAAAGCAUUUCUGCAGAGGAACGAUUAG